AUUUUAACAUUAAUUUUCAUUAACAUAUUAUUACAGGGACUCGUAACUUUAGUAACUGGUGGAGCUUCUGGACUUGGCAGAGCAACUGUGGAAAGAUUUGUCAAACAAGGUGCAAAGGUUAUUAUCGGAGAUCUCCCAACAUCCAAGGGAAAUGAACUUGCGACAGAACUUGGAAGCUCGGCUAUUUUUGCACCUUUAAAUGUGACGUCGGAGGCUGAUAUUCAAAAUGCACUAGAUCUUGGAAUAAAAGAAUUUGGAAAGCUCGAUGUUCUUGUUAAUGCUGCGGGUGUCGCAGUGGCUUAUAAAACUUAUAAUUCACAAAAGAAAGCACCGCAUUUGUUGGAAGACUUUGAAAGAAUUAUAAAAAUAAAUACAAUUGGUACUUUUAAUGUGAUUAGACUGGCGGUCGGUCAUAUGGUGAAUAAUGAGGCAAACGUGGAUGGACAGCGUGGAGUAAUUAUAAAUACUGCCAGUGUAGCAGCUUACGAUGGUCAGAUUGGACAAGCAGCUUACGCAGCCAGUAAAGGUGCAGUUGUCUCAAUGACGUUACCGAUUGCCCGCGAUUUAAGUCGCGAUGGAAUUCGAGUUGUAACGAUUGCUCCUGGACUCUUUGACACGCCUCUUUUGGCUUUAUUGCCGGAGAAAGUGCGCAUCUUCCUUGCCAAAAGUAUUCCGUUUCCUCAGAGAUUGGGAAAACCAGAGGAGUUUGCACAAUUAACACAAGCCAUAGUAGAAAAUCCAUUAUUGAAUGGCGAGACAAUAAGAUUAGAUGGAGCUCUUCGUAUGCAACCUUAAACUUGUGCAUUCAUUCGUUCUACUUUGUAAUGGCAUACUUUCGACAUCUCUUAAUUUCGAAAAUAAUUAUAUAUAUAUAUAUGUUACCACGAAAUUAUUACCGUUGAAUUACUACCGUUUCAAGAAAUUUUAAUAAUAUUUAUGUUAUUUGUAUGUGAUAACUUUCACGUGAUGUAUUUAGAGUGAUUAUUUUAAAUAAUUUUUUAAGAUGUUAUUUUUUAAAAACUUAUAAUCUUUUGAAUUUUAAUACGGUUAAACAAUAAUGUUGCCUUUGAAUAAAGAGGAUAUUAUGUUUCGUGUAAUGGUAUUAAAUAAAUUAAUAAACAAAUAAAU